GGCCCCUGCUGCACCCCCUCCUCCCAGCAGCACCUGCGUCUCCUUCCUGUGCGAAGGAUUCCGGGAUAAGGAGCUGCCCUGCCCAGCGUCCGCACCCCUGCGAGGGGCCUCUCUGCUCAGGUCCAUUAUCCAUGGCCCUGGGGUCCGAUUCCUAGGGAGUGAAGUCCGCAUGGGGCUGCCUGGUUGUUGCCAGGAUGCUUGCAGCCGUCCCAGGAAAAGUCAAAGCUGCUAACAUCUUGGCCAGCGCGCCGUCGGACAGGAACUUGGGUGCCUUCCAGGAUUUGGGCUGCAGGACGACACACUGCAACAGCGAGGUGCUGCAGCGCUGUACUCUGGUCUUCCUAGCCACCAAGCCUCACCUGCUUCCUGGAGUCCUGCAGCAGAUUGCUCCUGCCGUUACCCGGGACCACAUUAUCGUAUCGGUGGCUGCUGGAGUCACUCUGCAGACCCUGCAACAGCUUCUCCCUGCUGGGACCAAGGUGCUGCGGGUCAUGCCCAACCUGCCCUGCGUGGUGCAGGAGGGGGCAGUGGUGUUUGCCCGGGGGAGCUGUGCUGGGGAGCAGGAGGCCGCCCUGCUGAAGAGCCUGCUGUCCGCCUGCGGGCUGUGUGAAGAAACGCCUGAGUCCUACAUCGAUAUCCACACGGGCCUGAGUGGCAGCGGCGUAGCCUACGUUUACUUGUUUGCUGAAGCCCUGGCGGAAGGUGCUGUGAAGAUGGGCAUGCCCAGUGCCUUGGCCAAUAAAAUUGCAGCCCAGACGCUGCUGGGAGCAGCAAAGAUGAUCCUGGAGACAGGGGAGCACCCGGCCAAGCUGCGCAGCAACGUCUGCACACCUGGCGGCACCACCAUCCACGCCUUGCACGAGCUGGAGAAGGGGGCGCUGCGGGCCACCGUCAUGAACGCCGUGGAGGCUGCGACCACGCGGGCUCACGAGCUGGGCGAGAGAUAGGGGCCCAACCGGGCGGGGUGUUCCGGGGCGCCUGGCCUGUCUGAGCCAUGUGCGAAUCUCCGUUCCGUGAUGGAAGGAAGUUUCCCAGGUUGUCCAGCGGAUGUAGAUCCCAUUCUUCCCUCCCUAGGUGCCUCUCUUCCUGCCUGAGGGAUUCCCAGCUCCAGGUCACCAGUGAUCUCCUCUAGCCCCAGUCCUUCCCCACGGGGCAUGGCUUCCCCACAGGUGAGGCAGGGUCCCCUCGUGUUCCUGGCAGUCCCCCGACCUGCCUUGGCCCAGCCCUGCCUCGGCUGUGGGGACUUCACACUCGUAUCCAUUCCGUACGCGUUGGCUGCUCUCUCCGGACGGUGGGUCCCUGAUAAGUGAUGGCAACAGCAGGACGUGGGAGCUGCUGGCCCAGACUCCUGGCUUCUUCUGCUCUCUUUUGUUUAGAGACGGUGCCCAUCCUCCGAAGGCAGCCUUGGCACCAGGCUGGCCGUCUGCAUCUGCAAUGAUCACACGGCUGUCAGGGAAACAGUCCCGACCGGUAAAGUGCAGCCUUCCCGUCUGCCGCCUGGUGACGGUCCAGCCAGCGUCUCACCUGCUGGUGGGUCUGGUCUGGUGGCGGGUGGUGUGAGCAGGUGCUGGUUUAUAGGAUGUUCUCCUGGGGGUGAUGGCUCCUGGAGCCUUAAUGCAGCCUGCAGCUUCCCUCCCCCUUUAGCAGGGAGGAGCAAGUCCCCAGGUCCCAACAGCCCCGGCUCCCUCUGAGUGCCUGGGUGAGGGGGGAGUUCCCUGUAUUCCUGACUGUUUUCACUGCUGGGUGGGCAGGAAAUAGGUACCAGCAGAGGCCUGGAAGAGACCAUAAGCUCCAGCUGCCUGUUAGCAGCUGCACCGGCAGUCCCAGGAGAGCCCCAGCUGCCAUGCGGCGUAGGAAGCUAUGUGUGCCUGCAGCGGGCGGUGAAAUAGAGCUGUACUGUGCCCUCCAAAGGUGUGUUGAUCUCUUGGCUCCUCUGCUAACUAAAGGGUUAAUGGUGACAUCAUCACCUGCUGUAGUGCAUGCAAGCUGGCCCCUGGCCUGGGGGCAAGCAGCGGUCAGCAAAGUUAGGGCUGGUCUCAGGCAGAGUGCCUCCGUUGCAAGCGGAGAAGAAGCUGGUCCAUGGCUGUAGGGUGCGUUAACCCUCCUCCUCCUGCUGCAGCAUUUUCAGUAAGGGGGGUUGGCACAGAUCCUCCAUGUGCAGAAGCUCCUCCACUCUGCUGCAGGGCCAAAUCCAUCACUACGCAGUGUCCCUGGCUCACUGUCAAAUCGAAGUCAGGGAGCCCCCACAGCCCCGCCAAAUGCUCGGUGAAACCUGGUAUUGACAGAACCAGGGAGGGAGGUGGGUAACUGGGUCGUCGGGGAGCUAGAAGGGGGAAAGGGAAUUUAUCUCCUCCCUCCUUCGGGCAGCAGUGAUCGUAGGGUGGGCGGGGGCAUCAGAGUUUAUCUCCCCAUGCCAGCAAACCUCGACCAACAGCUCCGCUGCCCUAUUGUCAGCCACGCCAGCUACCAACAGUACGUUGUCUGGCUGUGUGAUAAAAUGCUCAGCAGUGAAAGAGUUAACGAUGGCAUGCGGAGGUACCUGUAGGGCUGUGUUCUGGCUGCACAAGACUCCACUCCCAACUAUACUUACCUACCUGCUCCCUCGGAGAACGCACCCGCGUACUUUGGCCAUCACAAGCUGAUGCACGGAGUGCUUUUCCCUCUGUGGCUCUCAAAGGCUGGGUGGCAUAAUUGUCCCUAUUCUACAGCUG